UAUAUUGAUUGGCUGACAUGAUACUCACAGAUAUUACAAACAAAAAAAAGGCUAGCCUCUAGCUGAGAAAAGAAACCAGUUUUAAUGGCUGCAACAUCAGUGGCAGCUGCCUCUUCCAUGGCUUCUCUUAGAAAUGCUGCAGACCACCCUCUGCUUUCUUCAAGGUUGCGGUUCAGUCGCAUAUUUCCUGCAGUUAAAUAUGCUCCAAGAUUUCUUGCCAUGGCACCCCAAAAGAAGGUAAACAAAUAUGAUAAGAACUGGAGCAAGCAAUGGUUUGGGGCAGGACUUUUUUACGAAGGCAGUGAGCAAGUUGAAGUGGAUGUCUUCAAGAAACUAGAGAAGCAGAAAGUCCUCAGCAACGUUGAGAAGGCAGGUCUGCUAUCAAAAGCUGAGGAACUAGGAGUCACUCUAUCAUCUAUUGAGAAGUUGGGACUGCUGUCUAAAGCCGAGGACCUUGGACUACUGAGCUUGGUGGAAACUUUUGCAGGCGCCUCACCUGCAGCCUUGGCCUCAGCUGCGCUGCCAGCUUUUGCACUAGCCAUUCUUGCCAUUGUAGUAAUACCGGAUGAUUCUACUGCUCUUGUAGUAUUACAGGAUGUCCUCGCAGCAUCUCUUGGAGUGGGGGCAGUUGGUUUGUUUGUUGGCUCACUGGUUUUAGAAGGACUGCAAGAGGCGGAUUAAAUUCACAUGUGAUUAUUUGAUCUUCUGAGUAUAUGUAUCAUCUCAUAUAUUAUGCAUUUCCGUGGUUUGGUUAACCACUUUUUGUACAGCUGCAAACGCAGUGAAGAAACCUUCAUAUUGUAAUUUUUGUUUUUCUUUGCUAUAUCUUUUUAGUUUUCU